AUGCACAUGCAACUCCUCAACAACGACCAUGUGGUCAUUUUCGAUCGCACCGACUUUGGUAGGUCUAAUCUGUCAUUACCCAACGGUAAAUGCCGCAACGACCCUGAUGAAACGGCGCUGAAAAUCGACUGCAUUGCACACUCGGCUGAAUACAACGUCACCUCCAAUUCUUUUCGAGCACUUUUCGUCCAAACAGACGUUUGGUGCUCCUCUGGCUCUGUCGCGCCCGAUGGCCGUUUGAUCCAAACCGGCGGAUUCAAUGACGGGGAAUGUAAAGUCAGAAUAUUCAAGCCCUGCAAUGGCUGUGACUGGGAAGAGAUAGGCGACGGCCUAGCAGCUCGGCGAUGGUAUGCCACUAAUCAUAUUCUGCCAGAUGGACGCAAGAUCGUCAUCGGCGGGAGAAGGCAGUUCAACUAUGAAUUUUAUCCCAAGACCACCAGCGCAUCAAAUACGUAUAGUCUGCCAUUUCUGGCGCAAACCAACAACGCAAACAUGGAGAACAAUCUGUACCCAUUUGUUUUUCUUAACGUUGAUGGGAAUUUAUUUAAUGUUGAUGGAAAUUUAUUCGUCUUCUCGAAUAAUCGAGCUGUUUUAUUGGACUAUGCAAGAAACAAGAUCGUGAAGACGUACCCGGCAAUACCAGGCAGCGAUCCGAUGCUGCAGACGAAAACAACGAUGAAAGGGAAACACCAAAAGCCAGUAGUCCUUCUAAUCGGGUGA